AUGGAGAAAGAGCUCAGCGAAGACAGAUCCAGCGCCACUUCCAACGCAGAUCAGUUCGAAGAAGGGUCUUUCGACGACGUCACUGCCAUUUCCGAUCAGGAAGUCGUCAGUCAAGCACCCUUCGAAGUGGAAGACAGUUCCGAACUACCACAGCCGAGAACAGAAUUCGCUCAGCCAGUUCUUUCGAAACAGGAACUGGACCACAUCGCGUACAUCACGAGCCUAGCCGAAAGAUCAUCUUUCGAAGCUCCAGAACGACCUCCACUGCCUAGAAGAAUGGCUUCAGAACAACAAGAAAUGGAGAAAGAGCUCAGCGAAGACAGAUCCAGCGCCACUUCCAACGCAGAUCAGUUCGAAGAAGGGUCUUUCGACGACGUCACUGCCAUUUCCGAUCAGGAAGUCGUCAGUCAAGCACCCUUCGAAGUGGAAGACAGUUCCGAACUACCACAGCCGAGAACAGAAUUCGCUCAGCCAGUUCUUUCGAAACAGGAACUGGACCACAUCGCCUACAUCACGAGCCUAGCCGAAAGAUCAUCUUUCGAAGCUCCAGAACGGCCUCCACUGCCUAGAAGAAUGACUUUAGAACAACAUGAAAUGGAGAAAGAGCUCAGCGAAGACAGGUCCAGCGCUACUUCCGAUGCAGAUCAGUUCGAAGAGCGCUCUUUCGACGACGUCACUGCCAUUUCCGAUCAGGAAGUCGUCAGUCAAGCACCCUUCGAAGUGGAAGACAGUUCCGAACUACCACAGCCGAGAACAGAAUUCGCUCAGCCAGUUCUUUCGAAACAGGAACUGGACCACAUCGCCUACAUCACGAGCCUAGCCGAAAGAUCAUCUUUCGAAGCUCCAGAACGGCCUCCACUGCCUAGAAGAAUGACUUUAGAACAACAUGAAAUGGAGAAAGAGCUCAGCGAAGACAGGUCCAGCGCUACUUCCGAUGCAGAUCAGUUCGAAGAGCGCUCUUUCGACGACGUCACUGCCAUUUCCGAUCAGGGAUGUCGUCAGUCAAGCACCCUUCGAAGUGGAAGACAGUUCCGAACUACCACAGCCGAGCACAGAAUUCGCUCAGCCAGUUCUUUCGAAACAGGAACUGGACCACAUCGCCUACAUCACGAGCCUAGCCGAAAGAUCAUCUUUCGAAGCUCCAGAACGGCCUCCACUGCCUAG